UAGAUUUGACGACCUCACACUUUUGUCUCCCAACAUCGGCCAGCCGGAUCGUUGUUGAGCACAAUUCAAUAAUCCAAGCUUCUUCGUUCUGGUAACUAUGGCCGAGUGGGAAGAAGUUGAGGAGUACCAGACUUUCGGCUAUAUUGAUGACCGGUAUUUGUCGGCAGAUUCUGCCUCAAGACGUCCUCUCUCGACAAGACGUCCUCUUUCAAGGGGUCCCCAUGAAAGAAGACCUUCAUUACACCGUCGCUACCACUCUGACAACGAGGCCAUCAGUGACAGGGGAUCUGAUUUCCCGGAUUUCCAUGACCCGGAGUCACUACCUAUGCGAGCACAUCCCAUCUCUGUCCCCCGAGUCCCGUCGCCUCCUAUUCCGAACUGGCCACGGCUACACGGAGAAGUAUCUAGAACCAAACAAAUUCCCUCACCUCCUCCGCUACACCGAGGAUCAAGGAAGCGAGUCCCAUCGCUUCCCCCACGCAAUCGCCGUGCAUCCUCCCCGCCUUCUAAGUUUAAGCAAGCCUCAUCGCCUCCACUAUUUAGCCACCGCAGAAGCUCCAUUAAGGUUUUGCGACCGGCACGUAGCCGUACCCCCCGACCAUCUUCCCCAGCCGACGAUGAUGCUUACUACUACUCGGAAAAGCGUAGUCAAUCCCCAGGAAUGAAGUCUCGCAGACACGAAAGAAAUUCGUAUCCUGUCCCCGGCGGUUUCCCCUCUGCUCCAGGAGUGAUUCUACCAGAAGAUUCUCGAUCGGAUGUAUCAACAUCGCGCUUCGGGUGGCGACCUUGGUCUACUAAAACGCCUUCCGCAGCUACGUCAGGCUCAACAUCUAGACCGUCCGCCUCCCGAACAUCAUCUUCUGGAGUGAUUGGUGAUAAAAUUUACCAGUAUAAUGAGCUUCGAGAGUUAGAGUUCAGACUGAUAAGGAUCUUACCCGCAAGGAUGUCUACAAUCAAAUGCGAAAUCCUUCAUGCGUCGCUCGAAACCCCUCCCCACUAUAUCGCCAUAUCCUACGCAUGGGGAGAUGCUAGCGAUACACGGAGAGUUAUCCUUGAAAGUGUCAGCAUUCCAGUUGCCGCUAGCCUCCAUGGUGCUUUGGAAGCUCUUCGAGAAAAGCGAGAAACUGUUCUGGUCUGGGUUGACGCGCUCUGCAUCGAUCAGCAGAACAGAGACGAAAGGACUCAGCAGGUACAAAUGAUGACACGGAUCUAUAGCAAGGCAGAUUCUGUGGCUAUCUGGCUGGGUCCAGAGGCAGAUGACAGCAACCUAGCGGCGGCAUUACUGGAAGAGGUGGCCUCGAGAGCCGACUCUGUGAAGGACGUAAAAUCUCUCAUAUCUGCAGGGGUUGGGAAACCAGAUUUUGCCGCCGUAGUCUCGCUAUUUGAAAGAGACUACUGGAGGAGGUUGUGGGUUGUUCAAGAGGUCUUCAAUGCCAAGGAUAUUGUGGUCUACUGUGGCUCCACCAAGCUACCCUGGGAUGUUUUCAGACUAGCAUCGCAUGUCUUUUGGCGCCACAAAGACGACCUCGGCUACUAUUUUCCCGGGGGGAAUAACCAGAAAGUCUCUCAGAAUCAGUCUACUUACUCGCAAGUUCUAGUGUACCAAGGCCCCGGCAGCUUUCCGGACCUUAAUUCUCUCAUUGGCUUCGGCGAAGAAUCCCUCCUCGAGGUGAUGCGAGCAUGCAGAAGAAAGCUUAGCUCAGACCCUCGAGAUAAGGUCUUUGGGAUUCUAGGCGUCCUGCCACAAGAGAUUCGCAGCGAAUUUGCUGUUGACUACACCUUGUCCGUGAAGGACGUAUACAUCAACGUUGUGGAUUACAUCCUUUCCACGACGGAUAGCCUCGACAUUAUCUGCGAAUCCAUCCAUUUUCCCCUUCACACGAGCUCGGCCAGCCUACCUACGUGGGUGCCGGAUUGGUCAUACAUGCCUGAGACAACCGCUCUAUCCCGUAUAUGCGACUUCUCUGCUGCAAGCACAACCAAAACCGAAUGCAGAUUUGCUGAUGAGCGGCGGAAUAAAAUUGAAAUUUCCGCUAUAUACGUCGAUACAAUCAUUCUGCAUGGCAUUGCCGUAGGAACGCUCUGCACAUUGGCUGAUUACCUCAUGGCUUUCCUUCAUUGGCGUGCUUUGCUAUUGGACAGCGGAGACAACGAAGAGGAACACUACAACCUACUCGUGCAGGACACAUUUUGCAGGACUUUAUGUCUAGACCAGGUCCCUUCGCAGUGGGACAAUUCCACUGACUGGCUAACUGUCUGCUAUUUUGUCUUCGCAUCCUUGAUCCGCGAUAGACUGCCGCGACUUUCGCUUGAUCGAGAACUUCGUCGUUACGCUAGUGCAAAGGUGAAUAUCGAUUCGGGGGCCCGGCGACAAUUUCUUCAAGAACAUUUUGGCUCAAGAAUGAUGGGUCGCUGUUUCUGUAUCACCGAAGAGGGUCGCAUGGGUAUCGGGUCGGGAUUUAUGGCCGUUGGCGAUGUCGUUGUUGUGCCGCUAGGCUGCUCCACUCCUGUCAUCCUCCGUCCAGAAGGCAAUCGUGGGGAGUAUCGGUUCGUGGGCGAUAUUUACAUCAAUGGAUACAUGCAUGGGAAAGCAGUGGAGAAAUGGAGAAGUGGGGAAAAAGAGUUGCAAAAGUACGUUCUCCAUUAAUGAGGCUCAUCUGCGGUAGGGUACCACAUCAGCAAUCCCAGCGGACAAAGUCGUGAGCUGUCGGUACACACAAGAUAUACUACGGGGUGUGCUAAUGUGUUGGGGGAUGAAGGUUUAUGUCCAGCGCAACAUCUGCGUGGACGGAAGUCCAGGGACACAUUGUUGCCGGGAGAGGCGAGACUUCUCCGGAAUUAGAUUGAAACCAAUAGCAGAUUUAACUUAGAGUCAAAUAUGAGUGUUGG